CCAUCACAUGUGGUGUCCACUGCCAGCUGCCCCUGAGUCCCCUGUCUUUCCUCUGAGGUUGCUGCUUGCCUGUUGUGUGUCUUUGGACACAGCUCUGACCCCUCUACAUCCCUGACUGGUCCUCCUGGAAGUCUCUUUCGGCUUAAGAUCUCCAAUCAGACUUGCCUGUCAUGUCGGCUGCACCCGGCCUCCUGCACCAGGAAUUGUCCUGCCCCUUGUGUCUGCAGCUGUUCAAUGCGCCUGUGACGGCUGAGUGUGGCCACAGUUUCUGCCGUGCCUGCCUUGGCCGCGUGGCAGGGGGACCAGCAGAGGAUGGCACUGUGCCCUGUCCCUGCUGUCAGGCACCCACGCGGCCGCAGGCACUCAGCACCAACCUACAGCUGGCGCGUCUGGUGGAGGGGCUGGCGCAAGUGCCGCAGGGCCACUGCGAGGAGCACCUAGACCCGUUGAGCAUCUACUGUGAGCAGGACCGUGUGCUAGUGUGCGGUGUGUGUGCCUCGCUUGGUUCGCACCGUGGCCACCGACUGCUGCCGGCCGCCGAGGCCCACGCGCGCCUUAAGACACAACUGCCUCAGCAGAAGCUGCAGCUGCAGGAGGCGUGCAUGCGCAAGGAGAAGAGCGUGGCAGUGCUGGAGCAUCAGCUUGUGGAGGUGGAGGAGACAGUACGUCAGUUCCGGGGGGCUAUAGGGGAGCAGCUGGGCAAGAUGCGGGUGUUUCUGGCUGCACUGGAGGGCUCUUUGGAUCGUGAGGCAGAACGCGUGCGGAAUGAGGCAGGGGUUGCCUUGCGGCGGGAGUUGGGGGGCCUAAACUCUUAUCUGGAGCAGCUGCGGCAGAUGGAAAAGGUGUUGGAAGAGGUAGCUGACAAGUCACAGACUGAAUUCCUCAUGAAAUAUUGCCUGGUGACCAGCAGGCUGCAGAAGAUCCUGGCCGAGUCACCACCGCCUGCCCGUCUGGAUAUCCAACUGCCUGUUAUCUCAGAUGACUUCAAAUUCCAGGUGUGGAGGAAGAUGUUCCGGGCUCUGAUGCCAGCGCUGGAGGAGCUGACUUUGGACCCGAGCUCAGCGCACCCGACCCUGGUCCUUUCUGCCUCCGGCCGCCGCGUGGAGUGCUCGGAGCAGAAGGCGCCGCCGGCCGGAGAGGACCCGCGCCAGUUUGACAAGGCAGUGGCAGUGGUGGCGCACCAGCUGCUCUCCCAAGGCGAGCACUACUGGGAGGUGGAGGUGGGCGACAAGCCGCGUUGGGCGCUUGGAGUGAUCGCGGCCGAGGCCUCCCGCCGCGGCCGGCUGCACGCGGUGCCCUCACAGGGGCUCUGGCUGCUCGGCCUGCGCGACGGUAAGACCCUGGAGGCGCACGUCGAGGCCAAGGAACCGCGCGCACUCCGCACCCCGGAAAGGCGGCCGUCACGCAUCGGCCUCUACCUAAGCUUCGGCGACGGAGUGCUCUCUUUCUACGACGCCAGCGACCCUGACGCGCUAGUGCUGCUCUUUGCCUUUCGUGAGCGCCUGCCUGGUCCGGUGUACCCCUUUUUCGACGUGUGCUGGCACGAUAAGGGCAAGAACGCUCAGCCUCUGCUGCUCGUGGGGCCUGAUGCCGAGGAGGCCUGAGCCAGUCAUGCUGGGCUGGGGAUGGGCGCUGGGUCCUGCCCGUGGGGCUUAGGUCUCCUUGUCAGGCUUGGAGGGGGACGGGUGGGGGGAGAGUUGCCAGGGCUGAAGAUAGGGCAAGGGGGAUGGGGGUAGGGGUCGCGCAGAGUUCUGAGAAGUGGGGGGCUUGGCAUGAACAGGGGACUUCUGAGGGAGCAUUGUGAUGAUAUUGGGGACAGGAUCUGAUGGGGAAGGGAGAUCUGAAGUCAGGUCAGUGAGAAAAUCUGAGUCCGUGAACUGGGAGGCUUGGAAGAGUUCCAGGGAGAAACAGGUUGAGGGUGGGAGGGAAGGAGUCAGGUUUGGGGAGGAUGCAGGAGAAACUUGAGAGCGGUGUAGAGUAAGAGCCCUUUCUGCCUUGCUGAAUCUAAUCAGUAGGACUGACAGGUAAAAAAUGUUCAUUUCUAACACAUUCCCAGAUGAUUUAGAUGCAGCUGGGAGAUCACACUGGGAGAACUGCUGACCUAGAGCACAGACCUUCAGUUUAGUCACUUUCAGGGUAGAUUGAGGCACAGAUAAUAUAUAUUCUUCCAUUGACAGAUGGAACUGCCAGAGGGGAAAAAAACAAAAAACCUGCCUGAACGUGUGCUGGGUGAAUAAACCAACCCUCAACUUAUU